GCACCACACUCACCAAACAAGAAAGAAACACUCGUGUUCCGGUCUCAACCUAUCCUCUACCCCAAAGAUGUGGUGUGGUUGAGACUUGAGAGUUGAACCAACUCCCAUUGUUUUUACCCACAGGCCAGAGGCACCAGCUUAAUCUAUACUUGACACUCUUUGGCACUGCAAUGGCAUUAUCAAGUGUCUCCCCACUUUAUAUCUCAAAGUCCCCAAAUCAUCUACAAUCUCCGUCCAAACCCUUCACCGUCGUCUGCAGGAUUGAGCUCCAAAGGGGAAAUUAUUGUCGCGUGCUGAACUUACUGAAAUUGUGCUUUGAAAAAAGGGAAGCCAAUGCAGAGUCGAAGAAGUGGCAAAGACUGGUUUCAACCGCAUUGGCUGCCGCGGUUGUUACCCUUAGCCCGGUGAUGCCUGCUGUCGCGGAUCUCAAUAAGUAUGAAGCCGAGACGAGGGGUGAAUUUGGGAUUGGAUCAGCAGCCCAAUUUGGUUCUGCAGAUCUCAGGAAAGCAGUUCAUGUGAAUGAAAAUUUCAGAAGAGCCAAUUUCACAUCUGCCGACAUGAGGGAGUCUGAUUUCAGUGGUUCAACAUUUAACGGCGCAUACCUUGAGAAAGCUGUUGCAUAUAAGGCGAAUUUUACAGGUGCGGAUUUAAGCGACACAUUGAUGGACCGCAUGGUUCUGAAUGAAGCAAAUCUCACAAAUGCUGUGCUGGCUAGAACAGUGCUCACUCGCAGUGAUCUUGGGGGUGCUGUUAUUGAAGGUGCUGAUUUCAGUGAUGCUGUUAUAGAUCUUCCCCAGAAGCAGUUGAUAAGGAUUGAACAAAUGAUGGGCUUCUUAUGCAUAUGGUGAUUCAGAGUCGGAACUACGGAUAGAUGGGAAGUUGAAUAAAUAGUACGCCCUUGUUUGAUCUGGCUCACAAAAUUCAUGGUAGUGGUGGCCUGAUCUCACAUUCACUCUUUGAGCAUCCAGACAUAUUCAAAGGGGUGCAGUAGUUGGAAGACCCCUGGAUCACUAAGCCGAAUUAGUUGUUGUAUGAUAAGGCUCCUCAUUGUUUGAUUCAUUGGGAGCUAGUUGUUGUUUUCGAAGUCAAUUGGCCUUGAAGAGUCAUAGCCAAAGCAGGAGAGAUUAGGCUGUUUAAACAGUCCAGUUUUGAUUAUUCUGCAAGAUGUUUAAUUGGUUCUACCCACUGUCCAAAACUUUCCCACAUCAUGUACAUUGGCUAUUAUCUAUAUUGUUUCUUAUAUGCUCCUAUA